AUGUCUAACCUUCAAACUUUCGUUAACAGUUGGUUUCCCUCUCUUGUUGGUUUUGCUCACCCCGCUAACGUCUCGGCAGAAACGGUUACAAUCAUAACCUCGGAUGGAAGAACCCUUACCGGCAAGCUUAUGGGUCACGACCAAACUACCAACCUCAUCCUUUCCCACACCAUCGAACGUAUCUUUGCAACACCCGGAUCGGAGGAGGCGACGCAGCAGGUUGAACACGGAUUGUAUUUGAUUCGCGGGGAUAAUGUUGCCAUUUGUGGGCUUGUGGACGAGCAGUUGGAGGCUGGGAUUGAUUGGUCGGCGGUGAAGGCAGAGCCAUUGGGUGGGAUGAAGCACGUAUGA